GGAGGGUUGGCGGCGGCGGCGCUCCCCCCCCACCCGCGUUCGUGUCGCCGUGGAGGGGCCGGCGCAGGCGCCCCGCGGGCGGGGUCAGCCAGCGGCGGCGGGAGAUGCGAAGGGGCUGAGCGGGAAGGCGCGCUGCUCGUCCUCGCCACCGCCGCCCGCGCCGCGCCGCUGGCCGCCCGGCCCGCCCGAGGGCACCCCGCGCCAUGUCCUUCCGCCAGAGGAGCCCGCACGGCGGCGGCAAGAACAGCAGCCCACAGCCCCCGCCUCGCUGGUCCCAAGGAAGGAAACGCGGCGCGGAUGGAAAGCGGAGAAACCAGAACGAGCCCGAUUCAUCCGUUUUUGAGGAGAACAAGUACAGGCCUUCUGACAACAGGCUGGACAGUUUUACAACACCAGAAGGCCCUGGACCCCUUUCCCGGUGUUCAGAUUGGGGAACUGCAGUGGAGGAAGACGAAAUGAGGACCAGUGUUAACAAAGAAAUUGCAAGGUACAGAAGAAAACUCCUGAUAAAUGAAUUUUCAAGAGAAAGGAAGUCCUCCUCUGGAAGUUCUGAUUCAAAGGAGUCCACUGUGACAGUAGAACUUGAGACAGAUGAAGUAGUUUUGAUGAGAAGACAAAAACAGAUAAACUAUGGAAAAAACACAAUUGCAUAUGAUAGAUACAUUAAAGAAGUUCCCAGAUGCCAUCGUAUACCAGGAGUUCAUCCCAGGACUCCAAAUAAAUUUAAGAAGUACAGCCGGAGGUCAUGGGACCAGCAAAUUAAACUAUGGAAAGUUGCAUUGCAUUCCUGGGAUCCACCUACCGAAGAAGGAUGUGAUCUGCAAGAAAUUAGUCCUGUUGACCUUGGAGAGAUGGAGACAGAAUCUGUCGGAAGCCAUUCUACUGAAUCUCAAACAAGCUGUCACGAUAAUGAUGAUACCUGUUCUGGCACUCCCACCAAAGUUAGACAUGUUGACUAUCAAGCAGAAGGUGAAUUUGACUUGGAAAUGUGUUUGAAUGAACCACUUAAAGAUUUUGAUACUGAGAGUUAAGUAGUGUCGUGCAAACUGUUUUAGAGGAAGUUUCUUUUACAUUUGAGAGAUUCAUAAACUUAAGCUUUCUUACUAUUAAGUGAAGUUGACUGUUCUGAGUUGUGGUUGCUCUACGUAUUCUCUGGGCCAAACUUAUGUAAGAUACAGUUAAGUUGUGUGACUUCUUUUAAACUUUUAAUUUAUGUAUAUCAGAUUUUUUAUUAAAACAUUUCAAUAGAAAAAAAUAGCCAAAGGCAAUGCUAUCCUCAAAUAAUUACAAACAGUUCAGCAAGAUCUUACUGAUUUUUUUUUUUUCCUCAUUGUGUCCAUAAUUUCAAUUGUCCACCUGCACCUGAAGCAAAGUAGGGGGGAUAUUCUUGAGCAGCCGUAUGUUGCCUUGCUUUUCCAUCUGACUUUACUACAAGGAUCUGACUUGAAGUAAUACAGUUGGUAGCUGAACCACACUGCUGACUAGUACUAGUAAACUUGUCUAUGGCAGUUACUUUAAGAUUAAACUGCCUUACCCUUUAAAAAAAAAGCAGACGCUUUUUUUAUUUGCAAAAAUGUUUGAUUGGAAAUUAAAUGCUCCCAAAAAAACGGAGGUCAGAAUGGUAAAGGCUAGGCAAUAACACUUUAAGAAGCGGUAGCCUGACUUUGAAAUUUGUAAAUAGUCACGAGUCAUUUGUUAAUACAGUCAGGAAAACCAUGUGUAGGUGAAGUGCUUGAUUCUUUUUAAGUUGCUUAUUUUUAAAUGUAAAGUCGUUGUAAAUGGUAACACUGUACAGAUUUUCUGCUGAAAGCAGUUAAUGUUUCAUUACUUUUGUAUGGGAUGUUGCUGGAAAAUAAACCGAAUUUCAUUUA